CAUUAACGAACAUUUUAUAAAACAAACAUCUUAUUGAACAUUUCAUUGAAGGAACAUUUUAUUGAACGAACAUAGUUUUUUAGUACGAACAUUUUAUUGAACGAACAUUUUGUACAAUCUUUAAGUACAGAAAUAAUAAUGUAGUUUUUUAUUGAACGAACAAAAUACCAAUAUAGUUUUUUUUGAACGAACAUUUUGUACGAGUAUGAAUUAGAACGGGAAUGAAUUUUUUGUUGGAGACAAUCAUUUCUCUAGGCGGAAAUAAUCCGUCUACCCCACUCUAACGGUCGAUUUUCCGACCUAAAUUAAGCCACCCGUCGUCACUCAUCAUCAAUGAAAGCUUACAAGUUACAAAUCUUUCUCUCUCUCUCUCUCUCUCUCUCUGAAAAUCAAAUCUCGAAUUCGGAAAAUGGAGAACAGAGUGAAAGCAGAAUCAGCCAAGGUUCAGCAUGUCGCCAGAGCUUCAUCGGACGAGCUUCUCCGGAAAUUCGCCGAAGUCGGCUCUGCAUCCGAAGACGAGCGAGAGCUCCGUCUAGUCAAGCGCCUGAGAAGGAGCGAAACCGCCGGCGGUCUCCGUCGCCGUCGCGGUGGCGGAAGGGAAGCGGCGAAUUGCAGCGGCGGUUCGUCGGUUGUGGAGAGGAUGUCACUUAUCAUCUCUCCGGCGGCGCCGGUCCGGCACUUCGGAAUCGGGAAAGUCAGGGUCCGAUCCAUGGAUUCAAGGACCAGGUCUUUCGUCGGUACUCUAAAGAAGACAUGGCGAAAGACCAUAGAAGGGGCAUCCAAGGUCUUCAUUGAGAAACAAUAUAAUGGACACAAACGCCUCAUCAAUGACAUCUACUAGUUUAAUUAUGUGAUUAUUGAAUAUGUAAUAAUAAUCAUUAUUUAAUGUUGAGUGUUCUUUUUUUUGUUUUACUCAAUGUUUAGCAUUAUUUAUUUAUUGGUAGGUAUCGUUUUUCUACUUUCAAGUAGCUAAAAUUAAACUCUAUGUGCACAC